AAAGGCAAAAUAAAAAUACGAGGAAAAUUCAGCUCCAGGAAUCUCUCUCCGUUUCUUCUCCCCAUCGCUCUCGUCGUCUUGGCAAAUCUCCCCGCCCAGCCUUAGGGUUUCUCCCAGAUUGACCACCCCCUCCGCUGCAUUGUCUGCUUCCUUGCUUCGGUGUUCAUCUGGUAAUCCUAUGGUCGACCACUAUUUCUGAUCCUCUUUCAGUUCCAUCCCCCGCCCAUCGAUUCCUAGGGUUUAUUUCGAAGUUUUCUUUUUCCGGUCUCUUCGUUUUCGUUCGCGCGCAUUGCUACGAUCGUGAUUUUGCUGGGUGGAGAAUUCUUGUGCGUAGCGGAGUACUUGCUACUGCUUCGUGUUUUCACUUCGCUGCAAUUACAUCUUCGCGUUUUCGAGUUUGUGGAAUCUGUACUUUCAAAUUGUUACAUCGAUUACUGCUUAGUUUUGGGAUUCUAGGGUUUCUCACCCAACUCACUGGUGGAUUGUGUAUUCUUCUGAAUUUGGUUCGUUUCGACUGGAUUUUGGGGGGUUUUCGAUUCAAUCUGUUAGUCCGCUGGCUUCUCUUGCUGCAUAUAUGAUCGGUUUCUUCAUGACUACCCAUUCGUGAUUGAACGAUGCUAAGCUGAUGUAUUUGGGCACUGUUUUUGGUUUGUAUUUAUUGAUAUGGGUAUAGUUAGGGUUUUGAUUCCUUUUGGUUCCAUGUUUUCAUUGGCAGAAGUUGGGCCUUACAAUGGAGCGUAAGGUGAUUGAACUGGACCAGGGAUGGGACUACAUGCAGAAGGGGAUCACGAAACUGAAGAGGAUUCUGGAGGGAUCGGUUGAGCAAUUCAACUCCGAGGAAUAUAUGAUGCUUUACACAACUAUCUACAAUAUGUGUACACAGAAGCCACCUCAUGAUUACUCUCAGCAGCUUUAUGAUAAGUAUAAGGAUUCGUUUGAAGAGUACAUUAGUUCCACUGUACUGCCAGCUAUCAGGGAGAAGCAUGACGAGUUUAUGCUGAGGGAACUUGUGAAAAGAUGGGGCAAUCAUAAACUUAUGGUUAGGUGGCUGUCUCGGUUCUUCCAUUAUCUUGAUCGUUACUUCAUUGCUCGGAGGUCACUUCCAGCACUUAAUGAAGUUGGCCUUACCUGCUUCCGAUCUCUGGUCUACACCGAAAUAAGUGCCAAAGCGAGAAAUGCUGUCAUUGUUCUUAUUGAUAAGGAGCGCGAGGGAGAGCAAAUUGACAAAGCUCUGUUGAAGAAUGUCUUGGACAUUUUUGUUGAGAUUGGAAUGGGGCAGAUGGAUUGCUAUGAGCAAGAUUUUGAGGCUCCUAUGCUCGAAGAUACAGGCGUGUACUACAGCCACAAGGCUUCAAGCUGGAUUCUGGAUGACUCUUGUCCAGCAUACAUGUUGAAGUCUGAGGAAUGCUUGAAGAAGGAAAGAGACAGAGUUGCACAUUACCUGCACUCUAGCAGCGAGGCAAAAUUAGUAGAGAAAGUACAACAUGAACUGCUAGUGAACUUCUCCACUCAGUUGCUUGAGAAGGAGAAUUCUGGGUGCCGUGCUUUGCUUAGGGAUGACAAGGUGGAUGACCUUUCUCGGAUGUAUAGGCUUUAUCAUAAGAUACCUAAAGGCCUAGAUCCUGUUGCGACCAUAUUCAAGCAGCACAUUACUGCUGAAGGAAUGCUACUGGUACAGCAGGCUGAAGAUGCUGCGAGUAACCAGUCCACAAGUGGUGUUGUCCAAGAACAGGUGCUGAUAAGGAAGGUGAUUGAGCUCCAUGAUAAGUAUCUAGCUUAUGUGAGCGAUUGUUUCCAGAACCAUACGCUGUUUCACAAGGCCAUGAAAGAGGCUUUUGAAAUCUUCUGCAACAAAACUGUUGGUGGAAGUCCUAGUGCUGAACUUUUGGCAACAUUCUGUGAUAACAUCCUCAAGAAAGGAGGUAGCGAGAAACUUAGCGAUGAAGCUAUUGAGGACAUAUUGGAGAAGGUUGUCAAGCUGCUUGCAUAUAUUAGUGAUAAGGACUUGUUUGCUGAAUUCUACAGGAAAAAGCUUGCCCGUCGGCUGCUCUUUGAACGUAGUGCUAAUGAGGAGCAUGAGAAGAGCAUUCUGACGAAGCUUAAGCAGCAAUGUGGUGGACAAUUCACUUCAAAGAUGGAAGGAAUGGUCACUGAUUUGACACUGGCAAAGGAUAAUCAGAAUGAGUUCGAGAACUAUCUUUCUAAUAACCCAAAUGCCCAUCCUGGUAUUGACUUGUCAGUCAAUGUUCUUACAACUGGAUUCUGGCCAAGCUACAAGUCUUCUGAUUUGAACCUUCCUUCGGAGAUGGUUAGGGGUGUUCAAGUGUUCAAGGAGUUCUAUGACACUAAAAGUAAGCAUAGGAAGCUAACAUGGAUUUACUCCCUUGGAUCUUGUCAACUUAUUGGCAACUUUGAAGCCAAAAAAAUUGAGAUGGUUGUCUCUACUUAUCAGGCUGCCAUACUUCUACUGUUUAACACCUCAGACAGACUCAGCUACUCUGAGAUUAUGACUCAGUCAAACUUGGGUCAUGAAGACUUAGUGAGAUUGCUGCAUUCUCUGUCAUGUGCCAAAUACAAAAUCCUUAUUAAGGAACCAAUUUCAAAGACCGUUUCUCCGAACGACAUCUUUGAGUUCAACCCCAAGUUCACCGACAGAAUGAGGAGGAUCAAGAUUCCACUUCCAGUUGUGGAUGAAAGGAAGAAGGUUGUUGAAGAUGUCGACAAGGACAGGCGAUAUGCAAUAGAUGCAGCAAUUGUGCGCAUAAUGAAGAGCAGGAAAGUUCUGGGUCAUCAGCAGUUGGUCUCGGAGUGCGUGGAGCAGCUCAGCCGCAUGUUCAAGCCGGACAUCAAAGCUAUCAAGAAGCGGAUGGAAGACUUGAUUGCUCGAGACUACUUGGAGAGGGACAAGGAGAACGCGAACCUGUUUAGGUAUCUUGCUUAAAUCGCGGCAGCUGAUCAGCAGCAUCUUUGCUGGGAGACUAUGAAGAAGUGAGAGGGAUGGAUAAGGGAACAGGCGAGGGAGCGCUGAACAAUGGUUCAUAUAUAGUUGAAUUGAAGAUUGACUUGUUCUUAGUUACCCAAAAAAUUGCUUGAUGUAAAUGGUUGUAGUAGCAGUGUCAUCUUUCUUUCUAGGGUAAACCGACUUCUGGAAAAGAUUUUUUUUCUUCUUUUGAGUGCUUAGCUUCUUUGACAAGCAGUUUUGUGAGAUAGGUUCUUCCUACUUAUCUCUCUCCCUUCUACCUUGGUUACAGACUUAUUGAUGGCGCAAAAUAUGUUGAUAUGGAAAAUGGGACAGGGGGGAAGAAAUUCAAGUAUAUUUUUCCAAUCUAUGCUUUCCCUUUCAGACUUACAAUGCUUUCCCUUUCAGACUUACAAGAUGUGAAGUAGACAAGUAUGCUCUUUUCUGGUUGGAGCACUUCUACUAUGCUAUGUAGUAUUGGUGCUUUAAUGUACAACUUAAAGUUGUAUCAUAACAUUAAAUGUAUAAGUUUAGG